GUCCCGAGGCUGCCUGGCAGGUCCAGAGCCUCCAUCCAGUGGAAUGAAGAGGCAGAUACCCUGGUGGCAGCAGAAGCAGCACCAGUGAUCGUGGGGACUGCAAGGCUGAAAGUGGAGACUGGCCAAGUCCGCCUGGAAGGCACAGCACAACAGUUCCCUGCAUGGCAGUGGUUCAGGCUGCCCCCCAGCCCCAACCCCCUCCAGCCCUUUGGGUCCUGAGCUGCUUGGCUUUGGCACUUAUGCUUUGUGCCUUGUGUACCACCUGUCACAGGAAGGGUAAAAGAAGGCAGCAGUCUGGGCUUCAGCUAGUGGAUGUGUCUGAGGAUUUACUGAGACAGACCCAACUUCGUUCACUCAGCAAGUCUGAUUCCAAACUGAAUGAACUCCACCGGGGCCCCAGGAACAGUAAAGGCCAGCGCCCUACCAGCAUUCACCUCCCAUACCCACGGUGGCCGGGAGGGAUCAGGACUGACAUUCAGAUGACAACAGUGCUCCCUGUCUUUAUUCACCGUGAGCUGCCCCAGCCCCCACUGGCUUCAGACUCCUUGGCCCUUGAGUCCACCUAUUCCAAUGUACGGCUGACAGCUGCCCCAAGAACUCCCCCCAGGACACAGAGGGGAGAAGAACAGCUGAGGGUUUCUGAGCAGUUGGUAAUGCCAGAGUAUGCCUCUGUACGGAAGAUCAAGAAAGGGGCUGAGGGGGGGCCCAGCACAACAAGUCCCAAUGAUUCAAUCCCUGGGCAGAGAGGAGCCCUGCGACCUGGAAAAGCAGCAGAGGUGGAGGUUCUGUACUCCAAGAUCAGUAAGCUGGGCCGAAAACCCUUGGACACCCUCUGGAACACAGCUCUUUGUAACCAGCUGGACAGAAAUACUCAGGCCCCCCUAGUGGAGACUGCAAAUGAACAGAGCCAUAGUCCAGCCACAAAUCCCUCCUACAGGACUAGCAGUCCCACCUGGUGCAGGAAUAUAGAAAAUGGGCCCACUGAGAAUUUCUAUGAGAGCAUCAGUGAAAUGGAGGGGCUUGGGAAGGGAGCCCUCCCAGGGCUUCCUGCUGGGGCACAGACAUGGGCCCUCUGAAGAUUUAUGAAAAUAGGGGGAGAAAUAAAGGCAAACUGAGUCGA